CUUCUUCCAGCUCUCCGCGCUCAAACAGCCCUCACUAUUACCUCAGGCAUAUUUCCCCAAACUUGGAAUAUUGUGGUUAUCAAAGCCAGCAAGGAGGGUUACGGGUCCUCCCCAAACGGCUGAAACGGGACGACAUGCCGGACUCAAACCAGCCAUCUCAGCCAAACCCCAGCAGUCUCGGUCGCAUGGCGUGCUCCUUCUGUCGAAGGAGAAAGUUGAAAUGUGAUCGUAGAACUCCGUGUGAGUCCUGCCAGAAGUUUGGAUUCGAUUGCAAGUACGCAGCCGGCAUAUCUUCAGGCAGCUCAAGACCAGAUCUGAAGUCGUCACGUGUGAGGCAGUUGGAGGAUCGGCUAGGGCGAGUUGAGCAUCUGCUUCACUCGAAGAACAAGCGUGACACAGGAACUACUCCGACGAAUUCAACUGGCAAGGAUGCAGCGGUUGAGACGGAUAGGGACGACACUUCGUUAGAUUCCGAUGCCAUCAGAAUGCUGGAGGAGAAAUACUUCGAAUUCGUCCAUCCUGUCAUAAAUGUCAUCCAUCCGGCCCGAUAUGCUGAACGCAUUCGGGACCCUGAUACUCCCCCACCAAUAUACCUUCGCCAAGCGAUGUGGGCGUUAGCAGCAACCACAACCGACCUUUACUCAGAUCGCUGCGAAGCUCUCUACCAAUCAUCAAGAAGGCACCUUGAAGAAGAUGAGCUGAAGAAUCCCGGCAUGGAGGCUAUAAAUUUAGCUCCUGCCCAAACAUGGAUUCUGAUCGCGAUGUACGAACUGAAUCAUGGAUAUAUCCAUCGAGCGUGGAUGAGCACGUCACGUUCAGUGAGGUUGGUGCAAAUGAUGAGACUUCACCGACUUGACGGUGUGACCCAGGUUAUGGACCCAACGCUUCGCUUCGUCCAAGCUCCACCAGAUCUUACCGAUGCCGAAGAGAGGAGACGGAUCUUCUGGCUGACUUAUAUUAUGGAUCGCUCAUCUUGUAUCUCAAUGGGAUUUCCAGCUCUAAUUGAUGAGAGAGACAUUCGCACAUUGUUGCCUGUUUCAAAUGCUGCGUUCGAGAAUUCGACGAAAGAACGUUGCUUGUUCCUUUCGGAUGCCCUGACCACCCAAACCAGCAAAGACUUAUCUGCCUUUGCUGCUCAGAUUGUCAUCGUUUCCUUAUGCGGCUCGAAGCUUGCUGAGCUCCAACGCUAUGACCCGACAGCUGCCCCACUAGAGUCAGCAGGAAGCAUCUGGCUCCAACCGCAAAGGCUAGGUGGUGCCCUCACAACAGAGUUUCGAGUUCCAGAGCAUCUAUCCAUACCGUUCGCUCCGUUAGACCCAACUACAGCUUUUCUAAACAUGUCAGCUUUUGGCUGUACAAUCUCUGUGCAUCGAGCAGCCCGAGCACAGCUUGGCCAGGAUUCUGUUUCCGAGGUUAUCUUGACUCAAAGUAGGAAACGGUGUGUUGAAGCUGCGUCGAAGAUCGUUAUGAUUAUGAAAGUGACGAGCCACUGGGAUAUCUUGUCCUUCAAUCCAUGGACGAGUUAUACUCUCUACUUAGCCUGUGUAGGAUUCGCAAAUGCGUGGCUUGAAGAGCGGGAUCCUGCUCUCGAGGCUCCAUUGAGCUUUCUACUGGAAAGUUUGAGAGCUUUCAAAAAGACUUCGGCACUGGCAACAAUGAUGCUGUCGGAUAUCAAUAUCGAAUUUCCGAGUCUGUUGGGUCAGCUUGACAAGCAACUUGCUGAAUCAUUAAGUGAUGAUUUCUUCGCCUUCUCCGGAGCAUGUGUUCCUGUUCAGAUAGGGACUAGAGAACGAUCGACUGCUUCCGAUUUUUCUGUCGAUCCAGACUUCACGAACGGGACCGCAGACAUGUUGAAUUUGGAGGAGUUCGACAUGCCACAAGAGAACCCUGAUGCUUGGGAUUUGAACCUCUAUGGGCUGAGCCCAUUUCCUUUCGGGGGCCGUCUGUGAAUUCAAGGACAUUGAAUUCUUCACGAGCAUGGUGCCCACGCGGGGAGAAACCCGUUGCGUUAUGGGUGUAAGGGCCCUCGAUCAGCAACCUAGAAGCAAGACCAUUCGAGCCGGUCAUCAUACAACCACACAUCCACAUCGAUUACCGCCACUCUCAGUGUGCUUUCCCCAGUAGUUCCUUCCGACGUUAGUCCCCCAUC